UUCAAUGAAAGGAAAGUGACAAACGUCAAACUGCCAAUGCAAAUGUAAACGAGUUGUGUGAAUUGCUGUUCAUUUUGCAAUCAAUUUGGUGGUUAUUGUUUGGACUGUGAAAAUGAGCACUAGUGGACGCGAUGGGCAUUCCUCCGGGGUCCAAAUGUCCACCUCAAGUACGGUUCUCAGUUUAACGGAAAAGCAGAAGUACAUCGAAGAUUAUGACUUCCCGUAUUGUGACGAAUCAAGCAAAUAUGAAAAAGUGGCGAAAAUCGGUCAGGGAACUUUUGGGGAAGUAUUCAAGGCUCGAGAAAAGAAAUCGAACAAGAAGUUUGUCGCCAUGAAGAAAGUUUUGAUGGAUAAUGAGAAGGAAGGUUUCCCGAUAACGGCACUUCGGGAGAUUCGGAUUUUGCAGCUGCUGAAACACGAGAAUGUUGUCAAUCUAAUUGAGAUCUGUCGCACUAAGGCAACAGCGAAUAAUCGGUACAGAUCCACGUUCUACCUGGUGUUCGAUUUCUGUGAACAUGACUUGGCUGGCUUGCUUUCGAAUAUUAAUGUGAAGUUCAGCUUAGGCGAAAUCAAAAAAGUUAUGCAGCAGCUGCUGAACGGACUGUACUACAUUCAUAGUAAUAAGAUUCUGCAUCGUGAUAUGAAGGCAGCUAACGUUCUGAUCACAAAAAAUGGAGUACUCAAACUGGCAGAUUUCGGAUUGGCACGAGCGUUUAGUAUUACCAAGAAUGGACAAGCGAAUAGAUACACGAAUCGUGUUGUUACUCUUUGGUACCGGCCACCUGAGCUUUUGCUUGGCGAUCGAAACUAUGGUCCACCUGUUGAUAUGUGGGGCGCUGGUUGUAUUAUGGCUGAAAUGUGGACCCGAUCUCCAAUCAUGCAGGGUUCUACAGAGCAACAGCAGCUACUUUUCAUUUCCCAGCUUUGUGGAAGCUUUACUUCAGAGGUUUGGCCCGGAGUAGAGCAUUUGGAGCUGUAUCAAAAGAUGGAGCUGCCACAAAAACAUAAGCGGAAGGUACGUGAUCGUCUGCGACCGUAUGUGAAGGACUCCAACGGAGUGGAUCUGCUCGAUAAGCUACUGAUUUUGGACCCGAAGGAACGCAUCGAUGCCGACUCGGCGCUCAAUCAUGAUUUCUUCUGGACCGAUCCGAUGCCAUGUGAUCUUAGCAAAAUGUUGUCGCAACACACGCAGAGUAUGUUCGAGUAUUUAACGCCCCCCAGAAGAGCCUGUCAGAUGCGGCAGUAUCAGCAGCAAAUGGUAAACACCAUGCAAACGCGGCCACAGGAUAAUAGCUAUCAGGAUCGUGUUUACUGAAUACAUUCUGUUUGUGUAAUCCAACUUCAGUUUUCUUUGAUAACAUAUUUAGGGGAAAUGAACAAAGUCUACCCAUUUAAAACAGAACAGUAAGUGUAGAUUUAGCUGGUGCUAACUGCAUCUUAUUGCUCUAUAUUGAGCAGAAAUCCAAAAAAAAUACAGUUAACGUCUUAUUAACAUACAUAUUAGGUACAUUGGUUCGUAAAGUUACUCUUGGAUUAUCAUUAGUUAUUAGAAAUAAAUGAAUUUAUAAACAUACUAAAUGUACCCGAAAGUGCGCGUUGACACGCGUCAAAUUCAAAUAAAAUUCGAUAUAACACCUUAUUUUCAAUCGCUGACUAAUAGAUGGUCGGUAGUUAUUGUAGUCUGUACACUCCGUAUUUGCUCUCCGUGGUUGAUAUGAACCAGUGAGCUUGCACAAAAAUUGUAAUGGGUUGUAUCUAGGACACGACCGCAGUUUUCGACGUAGAACUGCGGAAUUAUAUUAUUCAAUCCACUUAAUAAUAUAAGUAGACUGGAAAGAGUCGAGUAGAGUCGCAAGACUUUCUCCUUCUCACUCAGAUGUCGAUCAAAGAGUAUGAACUCUUUUGCUCCUAUAUUCCGCUUGAGAUGUGAUCGAACCCCACUACAUGAAACAGUAAGGUUACCCUGCUGGAAUUCGGAAGUAUACUUUCAUGAAAUAUACGUUUAUCUAAAUAAA